AUGGCGGACCGGGACGGCAGCGACGCAUCUCAUACCGACUCCCAAGCAUCUUACUCCCAGUGUAGAUCGGAGGAGGGUGGAGUGUCCUCAGCCACCCGUCCUGACUCCUCAGGCUCUGGACAGACUUUCAGUCCCACCUUGACCUCCACCCCUAUCCCCACAACCAGCUGCAACAGCCCAAACAACAACAAUGCUGCCACCAAAACGGACUCGUUGCUCUACAACAAGAUUGAUGAGAGGCAGAGGUUGGCCCGUGAACGCCGUGAGGAACGCGAGAAACAAAAUGCUGCCAGGGAGGCCCAGUGGCAAGAACGUGAGGAGCGAGCCAGGCAGCACUAUGAGAAGCACCUGGAGGAGAGGAAGAGGAGGCUGGAGGAGCAGAGGAUAAAGGAGGACAAGAGAAGAGUUGCCGUGGAGGAGAAACGGCGGCAGAAAAUAGAGGAGGAUAAGGUUCGUCAUGAGGCUGUGAUGCGUCGAACUCUGGAGAGGAGCCAGAGAGCGCGACAGAAAACCAACCGCUGGUCCUGGGGAGGGGCACUGCAUACAAACACACCCAGCACACCAGCCGGUUUUGUUGAGUCGGCUUUCCUCUAUCCACUUGACCUUGCAGGGCUGGAGCAUAUGCAGGGUGCUUUCAGUCUCUACCGCAGAUAUGGAAUGACCUCCCAAUAUGCCGACAGGCGGUCAGUGUCCACGAUGAAUCUCUCCAAGCACACGGACCCAGUCAUAACCAAACGCCUCUCCUCCUCUUCAGCCACACUCCUACACUCACCAGAUAGAGCCUUACAGAUGAGAACAGCCUCCUCUCCCGCCAUUAGCAAAGCUCAGUCCAAACUUCGCCUACACCAGGGAAAGAGCGGCCAACACAAAACCACAGGUAUGCGCCGUCUGCCAUUGACACCUUGGGAGAACACAAUGGUGAACCGCCUGCAGCAGCCCACACACUCCUACCUGGCCCGCAGCCGCAGUGCCAUGAGUCUCUCUGGAGAGCAAACGGUGUCCUGCCACCCCAUGGGCUCCAUGUCCUUCAAGACCCUGCAGGCUCAGCCACUGCCGCACUCCCGCAGCCACGAUAGGAGCCUCAGCAGGGAGACAUCCUCCUCUGCUGCCCGCAGGAGGACCACCGGAAUAGUACAGCAUAAGGACCGGGACUGUGUCAGAAAGUCAUGGAGCAAUCUCACACUCCCUCUGGCUCCCACCUUUACCUUGCCACCUAGCAAACGUUCCCAAUCACCAGGCAAGAAGAAGAGCAAAGUAACGGCACCCUCUCCUGGCAGACCGCCACAGAAGGUGGUGGGUCGCCCCCCCACCCCCAAGCUGCUUAAGUCUCAAGGGGCAGAGGACCCUGGGAACCUGCGUCCAGUCAGGGUCACACCAGAGAGCCGAUACCACUCCCCCUCCCCCGGAGCUCAAGGAGAGGAGGGAGAGCAGGUCCUCAGCCCUCCCCAGCCUCGGCCUCAGCCACUGGGCCAAAACAAGACCAGUGCCGAGCAAACAUCACCAGCAACUCAACUGACAGCCAGCGAGUGUGUGAGCAGUCCUCCGGCCCACAAACCAUCAGCAGGGACCACAGAUCCGGAGGAGGCCAGCCGCAUCCUGGCUGAAAAGCGACGGCAGGCUCGUGAGCAGAGGGAGAGAGAGGAGGAGGAGCGCAGGUUACAUGAAGAACGGGAGAGACUAGCCAAGGAGGAGAUGGCUCGACGUAAAGCAGAGGAGCGAGCAAGGAGGGAGGAGGAGGCACAGCGGCAGGCAGAGGAGAGGAGGGAGAGGGAGGAAGAAGAGAGGAAGGUGGAGGCAGAAAGACUCCAGAGAGAGAGAGAGGAGGCGGAGCGACUCCAGAAACAGAGAGAGGAGGAGGAGUCUCGACAGAGAGAGGAGGUGGAGCGACUGAGGCAGGAGAGAGAGAAACACUUCCAGAAGGAGGAAGCUGAACGCCUUGAAAGAAAGAAGCGUCUAGAGGAGAUCAUGAAGAGAACCAGGCGCUCGGACACAGCAGAGAAGAAAGUCACUCCUCACAAGAAUGGAGAUGAUUCAGUAAACCCUGGUUCUUCAGGCCAGUCAUCGGUGAGGGUGUCAACAGGUCAACAUAGUAAUGGCAAUGGUCAACCAGCCUCUAUGCUGAUCGCUGGCCCUAACCCUGACCCCAGCUCUGCAACACUGUCCCCUGCUGGCCAGAGGGAGAAUGGUGAGUUUGAGGAGGUGAUUGUACUGCCUCCUGAAUCCAGGCUGUCUCCUGCUGCGGCAGAGGAGCAGCAGGAGGAGAGCAUUCCUGUCAUAGCCUUCAGGGAGAAUGGCCUCCUCAAGCCUCUCAGCGGACUGGAUGACGUAUCAGCCCAACAGGAAACGGAUGUUGCCUGAUAACCCUGAAAGGACCAGGGGAUGCCACAGAGAACAGAAAGAGAGCAAGUGAGCGAGUAAAGGAGAGAUGUUGGACUCAGAAAAUUAAGUAUUUGUACCAUCACCCCCCAGCAGGAGUCUACGUUC